UGAUAUCUUGCAUUUGGGCAGAAUGCUUCCACUAAUGAUCACCGACCUGGCAUGUGUCUGCCAUAAUUCACCAAAAAAGCCAUUCGCUACAACUCACCCAGGUUUUCAAAAACACUUCUGCCAACUUGACGACUUUGGAAAUUCAAAGUUGCCCUCCGCGCCAUGGAUUGUCGCUGCCAAUGCGGGGACAUCGACUUUAAGACCCCGCUCGCGAAGCCCCUCGCGCUAUACAUUUGCCACUGCUCUGAAUGCCGCCGCCAGAGCUCAUCUGCGUUCGGGACGUCGGCCAUCUUUCCCAAGUUUCAAUUGCCGCAGUUUGAGAGCUUGGCGUGUUAUUCACGACCAACUCCGUCGGGUCAUACUCUGUACUGCUAUUUCUGUCGGAAUUGUGGGACGAGAUUGAUUCAUACUACACCUGGCAAGAAUGUAGUCUCCGUCAAAGGUGGCUGCAUCGAAGGCCUCGACUGGAAGCAAGCCAUUCACAUCUGGACCAAGUCCGCCAUGGUUCCCAUACCGGAGGGCUGCGAGUCGCACUCAACAACGCCAUCCGAGUCGUCCGAGUACUUGGGAUCGCAAGAGAUGCUGGAUCAACCACCGGACAAUCCGGGGUUGCUCACUGGAAGUGGUACAUGUCACGAUUCUGAAUCCUAGUUGUACUGAGGAAGUUGCAGAAGCUUACACGUGCGAAACCUUCGAGGAACUGGCUACUGGAGUCGGAUGCUGGCACACUACAAUAUUGAAUUGGACGGUGCAAUGAGAGGCAACGGGGCUUAGCGCAUGGCUAGGAUCGAGGUCGCAUGGGGAUGGGCCAGUAGAAAAUUUAUCUUUGGAGCUAUUCAU